GGAGAGGUGCUGCAUUUGGAGAACGUCGUCUUAUUAGCUUUUUAAGGUUUUUCCCCUCACCAAAAGAAAUCAAUAAAUAAUAAUUUAAAAAAUGCUCAGGUUUUUUUCUUCCUCUUGGGAUACCGUGCCUGUACUACUUUGUAAGGAUAUAACCCUGCAUUCCUAAUGACUUUCGUGGCGCGUGGGGGAGCUUACAUUGCGCAGCUGAUUAUUUUUUUCUGAAUGGAAAGCGAAAAAUCGGCCCGUAGCGUGUGAGUCUGUGCCUUUCAGAUCGGCCGCGUAUCCCACCAGUUGGCGCAGGUGGCAUCGGAUCUGUGUGUGGAUUAUGACUUUGGACACAGAACUCAUGGAAGAGCCCGACAUCGAUGUUGUGGGAGACGUUAACAAGGACUCUAGAAAGCAAAACGUUCUAACGGAGAGAGCGUCGGGGAAAUCAGCGCACGAAGUAAACGCGUCUUCCUCGCCAAAACUGCAGGACGUAGAUACAAAUGAUAAUAAUACUCCGCCAAAAUGCAGUCCUGCUGCAGGGAAAAGUUCUGCUUCAGUAAAGCCACCAUACUCCUACAUUGCUCUAAUAACAAUGGCCAUUCUCCAGAGCCCGAAGAAACGCCUCACCCUUAGCGAGAUAUGCGACUUUAUCAGCCACCGCUUCACCUACUACAGGGAGAAAUUUCCAGCCUGGCAGAAUUCCAUCAGACACAACCUGUCUUUGAACGACUGCUUCAUCAAAAUGCCCCGAGAGCCCGGUAACCCGGGGAAGGGAAAUUACUGGACGUUAGACCCCAUGUCGUCUGACAUGUUUGAAAACGGCAGCUUUCUGCGGAGAAGGAAACGCUUCAAACGGCAACAUUUCAGAUUCAGUGCGCUGAAGGAAACUCCGCUCGAACCUCGCGGGAUGCCCAGCUUUACCUAUGGUGCUUACGGUCUUGGGGCGACAUGCUUACCCCUGCCGAGAUUGGAGUUAUACCACAUGGGCAUUGACCAUCGCUCAGGCUCGCCCUGUGCUCCCAGCAUUCCACCUGUUAGCAGCAUCUUGCCGGCGCUGUCAACUCUUUUCUCCAGGACCCAGCACGCUGCCGUUAAGGCUUUUCUCCCGUCGCAAUCUCCCGCAUAUGGCACCCUCGGUACGACCCGCUGUGCCGCAGUCUCAUCCUCCCUGGUCCCCGACUCGUCAUUCUUGUCAACAACGGUGCUCCAUCCGCUGGCGUCUCCGCAUCUCCUCAGCUUACAACAAGAACACCAGAAACUGCACUCUCUACAGUGCAACUCCAGUCUGGCCAAUAAACUCCUAGGCCUACAACAACUGGGCAACGCCAGCAACCAAUAGUUUUGUUCAGCUUCAAGAAUUUAUGCUUUGGCUCUUUAUUUUGCAUUUCAGGUAACAAGAUGAUUUCCUCAAAUCAAAGACAUUGUACAGACAGUUUCCCCACCCCUCUCCGUCACAGUUGAUUUUAUUGUCAGUAAUUUCAUAAUUUGAUUUGUCCAUUUGAGUUAAUUGUACAUCCUUGCUUAUCUAAAGUUUUUUUUUUAACAAAAUAAAAAAACAAAUGUAAACAUUCAUAUUUCAAAUGACGAUUUUCUUACAGGGCUUGUAAAGAAAUAAAGAAGACUUGGGUAGCAUCUUUAUCAUUGGAUAAGCUAUAAUGGCUGGACUUCUAAUGUGGUGGGGAAAAGUGAAUCAUAAGUGAAAUUUUAAAACAAUUGUGCACCU